AACCUUUCCUUCUAAGUUCUAACCCUGCCCAGCCACCACCACCUCUCUCAGCCAUGAAGAACAACACCUUCACCAUCUCUUCCUCCUUCCUCAACCUCCCAUGGGUUACCAACUCAAAUUGGGCUGCCACCACCAUUGCUGAAUUAUCAUCCCACACCUUCACCCACCCAACCACUGCACUCCUUCUCUUAGUCUCCCUCCUCUACUUUCUCAUCCAAUCCUGUUUCGACACCCAUAAAAAAAUUAACCCUACGCCUGCCCUUCUCCCACCAGGUCCAUUACCAUGGCCCAUUUUGGGUUCCCUCCCAGAACUGUACAGAAACAAACCUGCCUUCAAAUGGAUACUUGGUCUCAUGAAAGGAAUGAACACUGAUAUUGCAUGUAUCCGUCUUGGUAACAUCCAUGUCAUCCCUGUAACCUGCCCAGAUCUAGCUCGUGAGUUCUUGAAGAAGUAUGAUUCAGUUUUUGCUUCAAGACCCAUUUCAAUGGGUACAGAAUACUCAAGCCGUGGCUUCUUAUCCAUAGCUGUUUCACCUUGGGGUGACCAAUGGAAGAAGAUGAGAAGAGUUGUGGCUUCUGAAGUUAUCACUCCAGGGAGACUCAGGUGGCUCCAUGACAAGAGAAUUGAAGAAGCUGAUAACCUGGUUCGCUUUGUUUAUAACCAGUGUAACACUAUUGGUGGUGGUGGUGCAAUUGUGGAUGUAAGGGUUGCAGUGAGACAAUAUAGUGGGAAUGUUAUAAGAAGGUUGAUGUUCAAUAAGAGAUAUUUUGGUGAAGGAAGGGAAGAUGGUGGGCCAGGUGUUGAAGAAGAAGAAUAUGUUGAUGCAGUGUUUACUGUGUUAUCUUUGCUGUAUGCUUUCUGUGUUUCUGAUUACUUGCCUUGGUUGAGAUGGUUAGAUUUGGAUGGGCAUGAGAAGAAAAUGAAGAAGGCUAUUAAGGUUGUUAACAAGUAUCAUGAUGCUGUGAUUAAUGAGAGAUUAAGAGAAUGGAGAGAUGGGAAAGAGGGUUGGUGUGAUCCAAAGAGGCAACCUGAGGAUCUCCUUGAUGUACUUAUUUCAGUUAAGGAUGAUAAAGGGAAGCCAUUGUUAUCAACUGAGGAGGUCAAAGCUCAAGCAGCGGACUUGAUCUAUGCGUCAAUAGACAACCCAUCAAAUGCAGUGGAAUGGGCACUAGCGGAGAUGAUAAACCAACCCGAAAUCAUCCAAAAAGCUAUAGAAGAAAUAGACCGGGUGGUCGGAAAGGAGAGAUUGGUUCAAGAAUCCGAUUUCCCAAAGCUCAACUAUGUCAAGGCUUGUGCAAGGGAAGCCUUUAGGCUCCACCCAAUAGCCCCCUUCAACCUCCCACAUGUUUCAAUCUGUGACACCACCGUUGCGGGCUACUUCAUCCCAAAGGGUAGCCAUGUGUUGCUGAGCCGGUUUGGGUUGGGCCGGAACCCUAAGGUUUGGGAUGAGCCACUCAAGUUUAAACCAGAACGCCACUUGAAAGAUGGUUUGGAGGUGGAUCUAAUUGAACCGAAACUACAGUUUAUCUCUUUCAGCACGGGGAGGCGUGGGUGCAUGGGGAUCUCACUUGGUACUUCUAUGACUGUUACGUUGUUCGCUAGACUUUUGCAAGGGUUCAGCUGGGAAGUGCCACCGGGUGAGUCAUGCAUUGACCUUGCCGAGUCGACUGGUGAUCUUUUCUUGGCUAAACCGCUACAUGUGCUUGCGAAGGCCCGGUUGCCCAAGCAUGUCUACCCGGCCAACUGAACCGGGCCCUAAUUUGGUCAGUGCUUUUAAUGGAUCCCACGAGUCACUUUGGCUAAGGUUAGAGAGAGAGAGAGAGAGAGAGAGACAGGGGGAGGAGGCUAUGUAAAAAUAUGCAUAUAUUUUUUUCUUUUUGUGUGUGUGUUUGGUGCAAAGGAAAUGAGAGUAAGUUAUUGAAAAUAAAAUGUUCUUCUCUAUUGGAAUCA